GUUCAACUAAACACAAUCGACUUUCUGUCACGAACCUAAUAAUUCGUCAUAAUUUGGCACAAUAUUGCUGCCUCUUUAAGUUAUAAUGAGUCAGCCGAACCCAGAAAACGUUCUCGAAACCUUGAACAAACUCCAGUCAUCACAAGAAAUCUCAAUCAUAAAACUUAGUGAACCAAUCUCAAGCUCAAAGCCUCAAGAUUCCAGACAACGAACAUCAGAUGCAUCAAAUUCAGCCUUUGACGCGCCAACUCCGGCAGGCUUAACAGCUGAUCUUGCACACUACAAAGAACUGUUCGCCAAACUGCGCUUUUCAUAUGUGCAACAAGUCACGAAGGAAAAGUUCAUCCGAGCCAUUGUCGGUGAUCCACCCAUGAUUGUCACAAUGGAAGAGAACCUGAAGCUUGAAAAGGAAAACGCGGUUGUCAAGAAGCAACUCAAAGAGCUCAAGACAGAAGUGGCGGAUAUGGUGGCCGACCUUGAGAGGAGAGGUAUCGAGCUUAGCCAGAAGUACGAGAGUGUGCAACUUGAGACGACAAAGUUGCGCGAGAUGCCUACAAAGAUCGAGGAGUUGGAAAUGAGGAUUGAGCGAUUGCGCACAGAGCUAGAGACCCCAGAAGGAUCCGCCCCCAGCAUGAAUCUACCUCUAGUCAAAACUCAGGAUCUUGUCAACCAACGCAAGCUCGAACAACAAGAACUGGCGCGAGAGCUGGAGUCCUUACAAGCCAAGGUCCCCCGGAAGAGAAAGGAGGCUGAAAGACUUCGUAUCGAAUUACAGCCCCUUGAAAACAAGCGCCAAAACAGUGCGACUGCUGCGCGUGAGGCGAGGCGGAGAAAGGAGGCGGCUUUGGGUGGUGCAGCGGAUGACCUGGAGGAGAGAGCUCGCUGGUGGAGAGCGAGUGAGGGUGUGUUGACACAGGUUUUGGACAUCAAGAAUUAGGAGAUGCGAACACGAAUGAAGAUAUGAGAUAUCACGAUAUGGUCGGCGUUGUGAGGGUACGGGACAUGGAAUAGGGGUAGAGGCCUUCAGCAUAUGUAACGCUGCCUGGCCCUGAUUAUUGCUUUGGUAUGGUAGAUCAGCUAAUCAUUUAAUGUUGAAAAUUCUGUAGCACGUUAUUUGUGGUUCUAUUUAAU